GUCGCUUUCUUGAGUCAGGGAGAAGGAAGCGAAUCACGGAGAAAAUGAGCUCUGCCCGCGCACUUGUCGUAGUCUUGCUGGCCUUGACGUUAUGCUCUCCCGGCACAGUCGAUUGCAGCGAUCUCGUGAACGUUCUGAAGCAAGACAUGCGGUUUUCCAUCUUCUACAAUGCGUUGGCAGCGUCCGAAGAGCUGAUCUUUGUGGAAAAUCGCACGGCUGUGAAUGGCACUUCGUACGUCCUUUUCGCUCCGACGGACGCGGGCUUCGCGGAAGAGUUCCACGCUGACAUUCUGGCAUGUCUUCAGGCGAGCGCACCCGCUAAGGGGAUCGUCSUUCWGCUCCUGCGUUACAUGCAGGUCACCACCCUGAAGACUCCCGUUCAGAAUGGGAUGGAUCUCCUCAAGCAGGCGCAGGACGGCAAGAUCUGGACUGUUCUGGGCCAGCCCAUCGUCGUCGCAGGCGGAGCCAAUAAUAGCGUUACGCUGAAGUCCGUGUCUGGAGUCAGCCAGGCCGUUGCCACCGAAUUCMGASURYUGGACRYGAACGUKACGCUCAUCCCACUUKCCGAAGGCAUCGUUAUCGACGAUAACCUGUCAGAUCACAUCGUGGCGGCUUGCCUGCCUGCACCUGCAUCGUCCGCUGCACCCAGCUCUCCCUCUGUACCCAAACCUAGCACUACACCGAAAUCUGGCUCCCCUCCUCCGGCCACUGCUUCUGCUCCUGCUAAGAAACCCAUCGCUCCUGCUUCUGCGUCUGCUCCUGCUUCCAAGCCUGUUAAUUCCGGUAUGGCUGCGUUGCCUUCAGCUGCCAAUGACAUUAAGAGCAGUACCGCGUCUCCUCUUCCGUCCCAAAGCCUCUCGGCUCAAGCAUCUCAGCCUCUCCCCACGAAGUUCUCCAAGCUAGUAGACAGGGUAGUAGGUAUGAUGUCACACCCAUCUCCUUGACAAGUAGCGUCCCCACAUGUUGGGAGAUCGUCGUGCGGGUUCGACUGCCGCUCUACACUGC